AUGGCGGCGCCACGGGGUGGUCGCGGCACCUGGGGGGCGCUGGCGGCUGCCGUGGUGGCUGCGCUGGCGGUUCGGCUCCUGCUCUGUGCCCUCCCGCUGUACAGGAGCACCGACUUCGAGGUUCACCGCAACUGGCUGGCGAUCACCCACUCACUCCCGCUGUCCAGGUGGUACUUCGAAGAAACCUCGCAGUGGACGCUGGACUACCCCCCGCUGUUCGCGUACUUCGAGUGGGCGCUCUCACAGGCCGCGGCGGUGGUGGACCCAGAGAUGCUGCGAGUGAACAAUCUGGAGUACGCGAGCCCCGCCACCGUGACGUUCCAGCGCUGCUCAGUGAUUGCCUGCGACCUACUACUACUCGCUGGAGCCUACGCCGCGGGAGGCGGCGCUGCUGCGCCAGUGGCGCUCGUGCUGCUCAAUCCCGCGCUGCUGCUGGUGGACCACAUCCACUUCCAGUACAACGGGAUGCUGCUGGGCCUCCUGCUCCUGUCAGCCGCGGACCUGGACGGGGGACGCACCUACCGAGGAGCAUUCCUUUUCUGCCUGCUGCUGAGCUUCAAGCAGAUCUUCCUGUACGUGGCCCCGGUCUACUUUGUAUACCUCCUCCGCGGGCACUGCGGUCUGAGAUUUACUGGCCACGGCGCGCUGUUGGGGUUCCAGCUCCGUUACGGCGCCCUCGUGCAACUUGGACUACUGGUCGUUCUCACUUUUGCAGCUGUCUGGCUGCCCGUGGUCUGCACCGGGCAGGCAGCACAGGCUGCGAGCAGAAUGUUCCCUUUCGGACGAGGCUUGACACACGCGUACUGGGCGCCUAACGUUUGGGCAAUCUACAACACCCUCGACCGUGGGCUGGCCAAGAUUGGCCUCGGAGCGCAGGGCGGCCAGUCCUCCACCGCUGGCUUCGCGGAGGUCUAUGAGUCCUCGGUGCUGUGGACAGUGCCUCCCAAAGCCACGUUCGCGCUGACGCUGCUCGCCUACGCGCCACUACUAGUGGUCAUUUGGCGGCGAACGCCUCCCGAGGCUACGCAGGCGCGCGGCUGCGCCCAGGGCAACCCGCCGCGGCAGUACGUGUUCACCCUGUACGUGGCGCUGGGCUGCGCGGUGUCCUUCGCGUGCGGCUGGCACGUGCACGAGAAGGCCAUCCUGAUGGUGACCAUCCCCCUCCUUGCUGCCGCGGCAGGGUCCCGCAGCGCCGAGCUGUGCGCGGCGGCCGCGGCGCUCUCGCUGCUCGGGACCUUCAGCGUGCUGCCCCUGCUGCCGCAGCGCCGCCUGGAGACUGCCGUGAAGUGGGCCCUCCUCGUGGCGGGCCACGCCUCUGAGGCGUGCCUGCUGCACCGCAGCUCCGCGCGUGGGGCCGCCCCCGCCGGCGGUGGCCGCCUCGCGCUCUUCGGGGUGUGGCCCCUCCCGGGCGCCCUCGUGGUCCUGGGCGUCGCCGCGCUGGGGGCCUACGUCGACGCAGGCGGCCACCAGCUGCUCUUCGGGGGGCGCAUGGAGUUCCUGCCGCUCCUGCUGGUGUCGGACUUCUCCGCCGUCCUCGUGCUCGGGUGCUUCGGGCGGCUCUUCCUGCUGGCAGGGGCGCCCGGCGCCUCUGGCGCCCUCCCUCG